CUCAGAAUUCUGACUUUAAUCUCAGAAUUUUGAGGUGGGCACCUGCAGGCAUCCAUCUUCAGUGACAGGGAUGUGUCCAGGUGUGCAGGUGGAGACCUAAUUCACUAAACAUGGUGGAUAUAAGUGAUUUUUUGCGUGGCCGAGGGGUCCCCGAAGAUGCUGUUUUAUUAAUGGAAGAGCAGAAGAUUGACUGUGACGUCAUAGCACUGAUGGAUGACGCAACUUUGGCAAACUACAUUCCCUCGUACGGAGACCGAAUUGCCCUCUUCAAUUUCUGCAAAAGCAAGCAACCACUGUCAAAAAGAAAACUAGGACUUCUGCAAAAACUUCGUGAGAAAAUGAAAACCAGAAAAGAAAGUCCAAAGGAGAACACCUCACAUACAGAUGCAGGAAUAAGACAGACAAAGAAGCAAAAAGCAACACGAAAUGUUGAGAUAGGAUGGAUACAUAGUGAUGGAAAAGUAGCCAAACAGGUGAGAGCGAAGCAGGGAGGUGGCACUAGAAAAAUUCAAAUGGCCACUGAUGCUGGAUUAAAAGAUAUUCUUCAAGAAGGAAAGAAACUUUUUUUUCCUGAUGGCAUAUCUCCUAAGGGAUGUGAAACAGAUUUUGAGUUUGAGGUUUGGGACUUUAAACAGAACCACCUUACUGAUGAUACCUGCCAGUCUAUUGGCAAUAUGUAUGAGGCAGCGAGACUGACAAUGUUACGCUUCUACAUCGCAACAAAACCAAAAGAUCCUGAAGAAGAUGCCAGCGAGACAUCUGAAGUGGUGUUUGUCUCAGAAAGCAGUGGCAGUGAUAGUAAUCCAUUGCAAGUGGGGGAAGUCAGGGGUAAUUUUGAUGAAGUCAUCACUGGUUCAGAAAUUUCAGAUGAUCCAGAAAUAACUUUUGGGCCAAUUUUUGAUGCUGAAGAAGAUACAGAAGACACAUUAGUCUAUGAGGGUUUUCUUGUACCCCUCAGUCCACCUAAUUCAGAGAACGUAAUAACAAUCACCAUACGUCAUACUGACACUUUACGUGACAUGAUUACUGCUUUCUCUGAUGCAGAGAUUUUGAGAAAAACACUGAAUGUGAAGCGCAUACUUCCAGACAACACAGAAGAACCAGGCACUGGAUCAGGAAUACUAAGAGAUGUACUCACAUGCUUCUGGCAUGAAUUUUAUGAGCGAUGCACCCUAGGUGCAACAGUUAAAGUGCCAUUCAUUCGCCAUGAUUUUCCUGCUGAAAAAUGGAAGGCAGUUGGGCGAAUACUCUUGAAAGGUUAUGAAGAAUGUCAGUAUUUUCCAAAUAAACUUGCAAUCCCUUUUCUGGAGCAAGUGCUUUUCAAUGGUGUUUACAGUGAUCUUAAAGCACACUUUCUACAGUUUGUCAGCAGCCAAGAAUGUGAUGUUUUGAUGGAAGCAGUAAAAAAUUUCUCUGCAGUUGACUUGGAUGAUCUUGUGGAAGUUCUUGACAGCUAUGGCUGUAGAAAAAGAAUCACUGCUGAGACUCUUCCUACAAUCCUUGAUGAAAUAGCACACAAAGAACUUGUCCAAAAACCAAUGUUUGUUAUUGACUGCUGGAGGGAGAUCAUCAACCCCCAUAUCUCCCUCAGUCCGGAGGCACUGACCAAGUUAUUCUCUGAACUGCAACCAACUUCAAAAAAAGUGUGCCAGUUUCCUGAAAUUUGCUGUGGAUUUGACUCCACAACAAAAGAAGUGAAAAUCAUCUCAAAAGAUUCAUCAGAGAGUUGGAUAACAUUAAACUUCAGAAAUUUAUGCGUUUCUGCACCGGAUCUGACCUUAUAG